UAUUAUCUCUUCAGUGAUAUUUCUGUUGGCUGUUUGUGUCUGACAAAGGGUAAGGGGUCGUCGGAUUUGACAUUACUUCAUUGUUGCUGAAAGCAUCAGUCUACAUUCUUUGGAUACAGAUACUACAAUUAUUACAAAAAGAAGCAAUAAAUCUUGUUGCUAAUUGACAAAUUGAGUUGUGGACUGUAGUCACAGGUGUGUCUUAGUCUUAGUCUGUUCCCCCAAGGCUACAAUGCCUCCUCCACCUUCUGUCCUUCUUCCCCUUUCUUACCCCCACUGGGUCCUCUCCUCAUUCAAACCAGAUGAGCCAGUCCCACAACACACCCACCCACACACACCCACUAAAGUGCAGUUUUAAACUAACUUUGGAGUGCAGUUGCAGAGCAUGAUGAGGUUGAGUACAACUGGAUUUAAAGGUAACUGGCCCCCUGUGACUCACCCUUCUUGUCUAAUUGUGUGCGUGUAUCUGUGUGUGUGUGUGUGUGUGUGUGUGUCAUGUUUAACAAGGGGUAUUAGGUUUCCACCUGGCUGCACAGUGACAGGACACAGCCACUCCCUUUUAUCUGCAGAGAAACAGCUGAACCUCUUCACUUUUACCAGGCCAUAUUUCCAACACUGGACUGCUCAGUAGUUUCUCAGGGAACUUUGUCAUCAGAUUUCCCUUUUUUUUUAACAGCAGCCUGUCUGUUUUCUCUUCUAGAUUAUAGAUUUAUGGAUAAACUGAUCCAAGGUGUGUAUUUUUCUUUCCUAGCUGCCACGAUGCUUCAUUACCCAGGGGUUCCCCUCCUUAGGGAGAGUGGGAUGACUGCACCUGAUCCCCGGAAAGGAGGCUAGGAGAAAGGACAAAAGGAAAGCCACCAGCAGGGACAAAAAACUACUAAUGACCCGUGCAUGAAGUUCAAUGCUGUAGCUAAAAUGCUGAAUACCAGCUGUCUGGAACGUGGGGAGAAGCAACCAGCGCUGGAAUGGUGUGGCUAACUCCUAACAACACUGUGAGAGGUGGGAGGAGAGGCUGGCUCACGUACAGAGGGGAGGGACUCGGAGAGCAUGGAGCUUCAUUCACUCUGCUGAACACACACACACACACACGCACACACACACACACACACACACACACAUGCUCUGCAAAGCUGUUCUCAGGCUGAGAGAAAAGAGAAGGGAGCGGAGGAGAGGACAGCACGUUCACUAAGUGGUGACAGACAGGAAAAACAGAGACAGUGAGCGAGGCCAAAGAGGGACAGAGGGGUUCAUUAAACCCUGGACAGCAGGGAGAUUUUAAAUCCUGUGACUUGUUCCUGACAGAAGACACACUGAUCCAGGUGGAGUUACAAGGCCUUUAGCUCCCAGGACAUCCCUCCAAGAUGUCCCGGAGGAGGUCUACAGGUGACCUGGUGCCCAGGGACGUCACUGAGAUCUUAGCUCGAGAGGCGAGGGUUCAGCGUGGGCAGAAGAAGCCGGGAAGCUCCCUGGGACAGGCCUUCAGCUGGUUAAAGGGGAGCCGGAAGAAGAAGAACGUUGCGAAUGGGCUGAGCCGAACUGGUAUUGGUGUGACGGAUGCCAAACUGGGAUUUCAGAAUCAUGAACCUGCAAAAGCUGGCCCAAAGGGGAAUGAAGACCAGAAGAGGUUGGCUGUCCAUUACACGACCUCUCAACACUACCAGGAGAAUGUUUUCAUUGAGGGCAGCAGGCCACAGUACCUGGAAGACCUCCACACUGAGGCCCAGGAAGGGCUCAAGAUACUGCAGCAGGAAGAACACAAGAAUGGAGUGAACUUUCCUGACGAUGAGAGCAUUGCUUCCACGGACACUCUGCGUCCGGAGCAGGAUAUCAGCUCCAAGGACGGAGGUGGCUCUCCGGGGUCGAGAUCCACCACCGGCAGUACUGAUACCACAGUGACCUCUGCAGUGUCAACUAGGCCUGUGCUCACCCGCCAAGGUUCUACAUUCAAGCCUCUGAAUCCAGUAAAAAGAUUAGAUAAGAGCAGGAAGAGGAACAGGAGGACCACCAUCAUGGGUAUUCCCAACCAGGUCCAAAAAGAACUCGCAUUGAACAGAAGCUCAACCUUCCAGCAGCUUUCUACCCAGCCCCCUAAUCACGAUGGACAGCUCAAAAACAGCCAGUCAGGUGUUGUUAUCAUUCCUACGGUGGAUGGAGGGACUCCGGUCGCGAACAAGGAGGGGGCGAGGGUGCACCUUUCGGAGCUGGAGGCAUCCAGAGAUGAACAGUUGCUGAGGAAGCACCUCCAGGCAAUGUACCAAGACGAGCAGCCCUUCACUCAACAGGGCUUUGGCUCCCAUCUCUGCCCAUCAAAUCUGAGACCCAAAUCCCUUGCAGUACCUAGCAUGAUGACAUCCUCCUUCUCUCCUUCAACGUUGUUUAGCUUCCUCCAAGAACCCCAGGGCCCAGUGAUGUCCAUAUCUCCUCAGGCCACCUACUUGUCUACAAUCAUCCCUAAUGCGGUCUUGCCAGCCUCGGUUGAAGUAAUCGAGAUUGACCGUGGAAGCAGUCGGGCACGUGGCGGGAGUGUAAACCAUGGCGGUAGUGUCCGUACUAUAAGCAAAAACAGCCUGGCAUCUAGAGACUCAUCAGUCAGUCCUUUGUUGUCCAGAAGAUCGGAUGGUGAUGGUUCCCAGACUGACAAUUCCCACGACUCCACACUGAUGCCCACAUCAGUUUCAGAGUCGAACUGGAGCGAGUCUUCAAAGACCAUUAUUUCAAACUCCUCCCCUGUGUCUUCUAAGGGUAGCACACGUAGCAGGAAUUCACAGAGAGUGCGUCUAAAUGGGCAAGAAAACCAGACACAGCGGUCAAAUGGGGACCAAGACCACGUCAGUCUCCGUAUCUCAGUUAGCAUGGUUAGCAGCCCAAGCUGUAAAAGUGAAAGUGUUGUUUCAGGUCAAGGAUCUGAGUCUGGUGUUGCAGCGUCAGUGGCUGCUGGGGAGGAUGCAAAGACCAAACAGAAUUUCACUCGUAAUCUAUCGGUUAUGAAGACCAAGCAACCCCCGGCACCUCCACGGAGAACAAACUCUCUGCAUAGUAAUAAGAUCAUGAGCAUCACCAGAGAUCUGGUGGAGAGUAAAGAUCUCAAUGACUCUGUCACGGUUGCAAAUGCUGCAGAAAAUAUUGUAGCAAAGGAUGAAAUAAAUUCAGUUACUGCAGAUACCAGUAAGAUUUCCACUGCUGUACCAAACUCCACUGGGUCCAGCUCUCUAGAGGCUUCCUCCAGUCUUUUGAGCCCCACUCAGGCCUCUCCAACUGAAGCAGGAGGAGCAACAGAAUCCAGCAUUUCCUCUCCACAGAAAACUCCCUCAGAAGGGGGUAAAUUUGAACGGACCAUGUCUCCUUCCAGUGGCUACUCCAGUCAGAGUGGCACCCCAACACUUUCCCCAAAAGGGAUCUCCCCAACCUCCCCUGACAAACACAAGAAGAAACCAGUCAAACCAGAGAGAUCAGUGUCUCGGGCCUCAUCCUCAGCAGCUUCUCCUUCCUCCUCUCUUACCUCUCUAUCAUCCGGUACAUCUGAGCCUGUAAAUCCAGAUGUUUCCACAUGUAACCCCAGUGUGCCUCCACAGGGAUAUCCACUCAUUGUUGCUGAAAAAGAACUCACUCCAAAUAACAAUUCUUCAACUUUGAGUGUGGAAAUCAGAGAACUGUUGAAUAUCCCACCUCCUCCCAAAGUCAAAGCACCGUGUCCUCCUCCACCAGAGACCUGGGUUCAUAGCAGACACUCCUUUGAGCUCUUGUGUGGUCCUUGCUCUAAUGUCAGCAAAGUAUCCCAGAAACCAGCACAGAUGCAGGAGAGCACAGUUAAACAAGCAGGAAACCAGACUGAAGCCAGCAAGGAGAUGCAAGUUUUAGAUGAAACACAGUCAGCUGUAGACAAGUCUGUCUUAGAAUUGUCAGAAAGCAAAGCAAAGCCAGAGACAUUGCUAGCAACAGGUCCUGAAGUUAAUCGCAAGGAGCUGGAGAAUGGGGAAUUUCCAGGUACCAAACACGAGAGGACAGAAACAAGAGCAGAUAUUCAGGAACAAGAGCAGAGGAGUAGCACCGUAGUGAAGGCCGCCAAGAGUCAAGAAACAACUCCAAAGAAAGACCCCCCUCCUGUCAUGAAGAAACCCAUGUCAAUACUGCUGCACAGAGAGGAAUUGGUGUCAACAGAGUCCUCAAUGGAUAGACAGGAAAAGAAAAUGAACAGCAGUGACACAACAAACGUUAAUUUACCUGUAGAGAACCAUACAGUCUCCCCACAGCAUGAUGUUAUAGUUUUAGUCGAUAAGAGCGAGACUGAGAUGGACAAAGGUGAGGUCACAUCCAUGCAGAUGCUUUCUGCAGAAGUCCCCAAAAUUGGUAAGACCUCGCCACCACCUACCCCUCCCCCGGCAUACCACCCUACACCUCCUCUGUCAAGAAAGACCCCUCCGUCAUCGGUAUCUACGCACCCAGAUGAAUUGCAGAGGGUACAGGAGGAGAUCCAAGUUGCAGAGGCUUGCUGGCCACCUCCUCCGCCUCCUCUUGAAGGGGACUCUGUCUUUGAAGGAGGAGACGAGGUUGACUUUCCUCCACCUCCUCCACCCUUUGUGACAGAGAGUGUUCCGAAUGACAUGGACAGUUAUGUCACAGAGCUGGAUCUCACAAAAACACCCACGGAGGAAGUCCGAGAGACUGUCAAGGAUGUAAGUGAAGCUGGGACAUCUGUACAUGAACAGAUUCCAGACUUGCUCAGUGCUCUUAAACAAACAGUACCUGAGAGCAAACCAGAGGUUGUCGUGCAAGUUUCAAAAGUUAACAACGAUGAUGACAGUUCUUGCAGACCAGUGCAAAGAUUUGUAUCUGUUUCAGAACCAUCUCCACCAGUGGAGGCACCUCCUUUGACACCUGUUACAAGAGCAGAGAACCCAGUAUCAGUUUCUGCCUUAGUUCCUUCCAGCAGCUUCCUGAAGCGAGACUCUAUGAAAAUUGAAGAUCAGCCUCCCGUAGAGUCUCUCGUCAGUGUCCAACCCCCAGUAACUGUCCCAGUAGCACCUCCUUUACCAGCAGAGAAUUUAACUCAUGGGGUUAAUUUCCGAAGGCAGCCCAGUGGAGCAAAUCGAGACGCCAAGAGCAAGGAGCUCCUUUCCCGCCACAAAAGUGCACCCAUUCCCAAAGAGGAUGCUAACAUACCUCUUGUCACCCCCUCCCUGCUUCAGAUGGUUCGUCUCAGAUCAGUCAACAUGACUGAAGAUGAGUUGAAAGCUCCACCGGAGGACAACUCAACAAACCAGGGUGCUUCAAUACAGGAGAAUUGCCCAGUCUCAAUUCCAGGCUCGCAAAACACUCCACAGAAGCCCAUACGCAAGUCACUGUCACUAAAAUCUCCCCCUCAGACAGUAAAAACAUCCUCUGUGACACUGAACACUCCUUCCAUGCGCUUACAGGAAGCCAUACGUAUGAAAACCGCAGCCAUGUCUUCAAGAGAUGGUCUUCCAUCCCGGCUGGGUGUGAGAUCAUCCGCUUACAGCGGUGUCGGUGAACAAGGCCCUUUGUCCCUGAAAUCCCCUGAAGGAUGGGACAUGCACAAGUCCCCAGCCUCUACCGCCAGCUUUAUCUUCUCCAGGAGCACAAAAAAGGUCGUCAUAGAGACUACGGCCGCUUCCUCCCCUGAAGCUCAAGCAAAUCUGAAGCAAAGCUUGACGGCAGAACUCAUGCAGGUGUCUGACCAAUCAAAGACCGCCGCUUUCUCCAAUGGUGGGUUGAAGUUUGACAAAGUUCCUCCACCAGUAGCGAAGAAACCAGCCCACGGUAGCAUCAGUCCUUCACAGAAUCGUCCUGCUUGUCCAGCAAAGAUGGACUUCAGUGUUGACGGAAACGGAGUACAACAUAUGAGUGGAAUAACACCUCCUGAGACAACAACUACAAGAGUGACAGCGGACACAAUUGAAACACUGUUUUGAAAGUAGUGUCGUGGUGAUGAACUAAGGACCGUGCCAGAGAAACACGCAAAGACUACAAGCACGUACAAGGACAACUCACAGCAAGGACUGAUGUGACUGAGAGUCGUGUAACUCAUCUAUCAGAGUGUUGUUUGUGUUAAGUCUUCUCCAAAAGCCUUAGCCUGUAAUGGCCUUUCUACAUAUUUAUGCAAAAAAACAAAAAAAAGUGUCACUCCCAAUUUCUUAUAAUAGCUUUAUUCUGGAGUAUUUUUCUAAGCUAUAGUUUAUCUCUUCUUAAAUGCCCCCUCAGGAUAAAAUGGUGUACAUUGGCUGAACUGUAAAUAUUUGGCUUGUGCGAGAUCGCCACCCAGAGGUAGAAUUAGGUCACUGCAGCUCAACACAUUUCUGUACAGGUUUGCUGUCAGUCUUUUUUUCCCUGUUGUAAUAUAAAACAUGCGUCUCAUUGGGUCCAUCCACAAUAGGACAAAUCAGUAUUUUAUUGUUUUCUUUGCUUAAAGAUCAGAGGAAAAACAAAUUGUCACACCCAGUUUCAGUCCUGCUUUUCACUGUGUAGAUAUAUCAGAAAUUGUAUUUGAGAAAAAGGGAUGCUGCAUACUCACAAAGAGAUUUUAAGGGCAGAGGCACUUUUGUAAAGCUACAGGUGAUAAAACCAUUAAGACUUAACACAGAGAAGCGUAACUGCGACUGCUAAAAUAUCAGUUAGAUGCUUCUACGUAAUCCGCACAAUCUUCUUCUUGGGUUUCGUAAACGUCAGCCCAACACAUUCUGAGAAAUGUUUUAGGAAAACAGUAACACUAGUUAUCCUAUUUAUUUAUGUGUGGUUGUUUCCACUAGUAGCACUGUUGGUCACCUUUUUCCUACCAAAUCUGAAAUAUUUAAGCCUCUGUGUCCUCUGAAAACCACUUUUAGGGCUGUGGAUGUGACGAUUGGCCCUGGAUGAUUGAUACACUGGAGUAGACUUAGCGUGAGGUCACUGUUUUUAUGAAAUGUUCUGUAUCUUAAAACUUUGGCCCAAGCUUCUUUUUUUUUUUGGUGGAAAAUCCAGCUCAUCACUAUUUGCACAAAAUGCUUUUCCCCCAGCAAAAUCAUUGGUGAGUGAAUUAUAUCGACUCUUCAUAAUGGGUCAAAAAAUUGACAUCUUGAUGAUUAUAAGAAUUAUGUACAGUUAUUACUUCUAUAAAUAAAAUUUAAGUGUAUUAAAAAUGUGGCUCCUUGCUUUAUUUUAAAGGAUUACUGUGCACAUGUAUUUCUCACAUCUAUCACAAAUGUAUUUCUGCAGACCACAAUACAGCCAGCGUUUAUUUCAUAUUAGAGAUGCAUGAUUUGAUAUAUGACAGUUAAUAUCCAGAUAUUGAUUUUUGUACAACACAACCGCCCCACGUCUUACAGUACAGGACAUAUUGAUUUUU